GGAGGGGUCGGGGCCGACUCAGGACCCGCCGGCCACUAGGUUCCCAGUUGGAGGUGGCUUGAGGCACUUGGUUCCCUCAGCUCUCGUAGCUCUGGCGGAGUCUGCGCGAUGGGAGACCCGGAAAGGCCGGAAGCGGCCAGGCCCGAGCAGGAGGAGAGGUUAUCUUCAGAUACCAAGGAAAAUGAAGCAAAGUCAAAUGAAGAGCCACUCCUAAGAAGGAGUUCUCGCCGAUUUGUCAUCUUUCCAAUCCAGUACCCUGACAUUUGGAAAAUGUAUAAACAGGCACAGGCAUCCUUCUGGACAGCAGAAGAGGUUGAUUUAUCAAAGGAUCUCCCUCACUGGAACAAGCUUAAAUCAGAAGAGAAGUAUUUUAUCUCUCACAUCUUAGCCUUUUUUGCAGCCAGUGACGGAAUUGUGAAUGAAAAUUUGGUGGAGCGCUUUAGUCAGGAGGUGCAGGUUCCAGAGGCUCGCUGUUUCUAUGGCUUUCAAAUUCUCAUCGAAAAUGUUCACUCAGAGAUGUACAGUUUGCUAAUAGACACUUACAUCAGAGAUCCUAAGAAAAGGGAAUUUUUAUUUAAUGCAAUUGAAACAAUGCCAUAUGUUAAGAAAAAAGCAGAUUGGGCCUUGCGCUGGAUAGCAGAUAGAAAAUCUACUUUUGGGGAAAGGGUGGUGGCCUUUGCUGCUGUAGAAGGAAUUUUCUUCUCGGGAUCUUUUGCUGCUAUAUUCUGGCUAAAGAAAAGAGGACUUAUGCCUGGACUUACUUUUUCCAAUGAACUCAUCAGCAGAGAUGAAGGGCUUCACUGUGACUUUGCUUGCCUGAUGUUUCAAUACUUAGUAAAUAAGCCUUCAGAAGAAAGAGUUAGGGAGAUCAUUGUUAAUGCUGUUGAAAUUGAGCAGGAGUUUUUAACAGAAGCCUUGCCAGUUGGCCUCAUCGGAAUGAAUUGUGUUUUGAUGAAACAGUAUAUUGAAUUUGUAGCUGACAGAUUGCUUUCAGAACUUGGAUUCUCAAAGGUUUUUCAAGCAGAAAAUCCCUUUGAUUUUAUGGAAAACAUUUCUUUAGAGGGGAAAACAAAUUUCUUUGAGAAACGAGUUUCAGAGUAUCAGCGUUUUGCAGUUAUGGCGGAAACUACAGAUAAUGUCUUCACCUUAGAUGCAGAUUUUUAAAACCCUCCCCAUACAUAUCUAAACUUAUCAUUGGUAAAUAGCAGUCUAUUUUUCUCUGCUUAAAAAAAAAAAACACCUAAAAUAUCUUCUUUAGGGCACAGGAGUUUACUCAAAAGGAAAUCCAAAACCAAAUAUCAAUCAAGUUGGAUUUAUAGAAACAUGCUUUAAUCUUCCUGUUUAACAGUCAGAGUAUGACCUCUAAAUGCUUUUGUUUCAUCACUGAAAUAAAAGAUGGCAUUAUAUUUGUUAAGAGCAUGGCGUGAGGGGUCAGAUAAGAGUUUGAGAUUCUGUCCUACUUUGUGUGACCCUUGGUAAAUCAGUUAAUCUCUCUAAACCUCAGUGUAUUUAUCUUUAAAAUGAAUGUAAUAGUAGGUCCUAAAUUCAUAAAGUGUGUAUGAGGAUUAAGAUGCAAAAUAAGUUCUUAGCCAAUACUGCUGUUGCAGCCUCCUCCUCCUUCCAUCUCCCCCUCCUAUUAUUAUUGUUGUUAGUAAUAGUAUUAAUUGCAGUGAUGUGAUAAAAUACUCCCAUCUCCUCAAAGUAAUUGUGAUUCUAGGUCCUAAGAUCUAGAAUUAGAUCUUUGUAUUUUUAAUGUUUUAGGAAGAACAUAAAGAUUUCCUUAAAAAGAUUAUAAUUUUCAUUAACAUGAGAAUAACUUCUUUGAAUUUCUCAGUGUGUAGUUAAGGAAAUUUAGUUCUAAGUUGCUUUGGGCAGGAUACUUAUGGAGUGGAAUCUAGGAGGUUAUCAUGAUAGUUGACCUUGUAAGCAAAAUGAUUCUCCUUCAGAAAUUAAAAGGGUAAUUUUAGCCAGACGUAGCCCUGGAAUGUUUAAAACCAGGGUGAAUUAGCUAGAAUAGCAUUUCCCAAAGAGUAUUGUAAAAGCUGUUAGCCCCUCUAGAUAUUUUGUGGGGUGAUGGGGAGAGAUUCUGUGGUCAAACGAGUUUGGGAAAUAUUGUACACUCCAUUCCUCUUUAGAAUGUAUAGUCAGUACAUCAAAGACUGAGAAAUUCUGCAGUACAUAAACUGAUUUCCCCCUGCAUAUUCCAAACCUACUUAACAAAGAUCUGUUUUUCACCUGUUAACAUCUCACCUAACUAUUGUUCCUCAGAACAUAGGUUGGAAAAAGCCGGCCUAGGUAACCAUUCUAUACAUGGAGGAAGGGCUUGUGGACCAAGCAAGGGAGAACCUGGUAGGGAUUAUUGAACCAUUUCAACUUUGUGCCAAGCUGAGUAAAGUACCGGUGAUUGACCUCAGCUAUAUUUCUUAUACUCCUACAACUCUUAUAUGCUGUUAUGAGAUUUAAUUCUUUUAUGGAACGAUGCCUGCUGCAUGAUAGCAGAUGGUUAGGGAGACUGAGGAAAGGCCAGCAUCUGAGAAGUCUGCUCCCUCUAUCGUAGGGAACUGUCAAGAGGUAGCCUGAGCCCAAGCAAGCAGUGGGGUUCCCCACUCGCAGCAAAUUAUUUUCUACAAUUCUGGUUAAUAAGGUUUAGAAAUUUUCUCUUUGCAUAAAUUUUUGCUCCAUUCAUUCCACAACUAUCUAAUGGAUUAAAACUGGGAGUUUCCAAGUGGAUGCAAAAGGAACAGGCCAUAACUUUAUCUGUUAGAGAGGAUGUCAGAAACUUGAGCUAUUUUGGCCUAUGAUAAUACCAUUUAUUUGUUCAAGGCUUCAUAGUUUGCCGAGUGUUUUUGCAUCACCUGAUUUGAUCUCACAACAGCCUCAUGAGCUUGACAAAGCAGGUAGUAUUGAAAUUUAUAGAUGGAGAGAGUGAGGCUCAGCAAAGUUCAAUGAUUUGGCCAAGAUCUGCUCAUAGUCACCGACCCGACAAUAUAUUUUUUUUUCUUAGAAGUUAUCAUAUUUCUGAUAUUUAGUCCUUUGCCAGCCAUCUUCACUUGGUUUUGCCUAUUUUUCCAUUGAACUGUCACAUACUUUAAUUAAGGUACCAUAUAUGUUAAUGAAAGUAUCAUAGUAUCAUAAGCAUUUUAACUAUAUUCAGGAAAUAUGUUCAAAGACAUUCAUCUACUGCCAUACGAAAACUUACAUUUAAAAUUGAUAAAAUAUCGGUAGUGACAUGGGAAUGCAAGAAAAAAUGUUUUAUAUUGCAUAUUCCCUUUGUUUUGAAUCCAAAUCUUUCUCAUAGGUAAUUACAGGUGCCUUAAUAUGAAGCUUAUUUAUCGUAGCAAUAAACCUAACUGUAUUGAGAUGACGUUUUAAUACUGAAAUACUGGAUUUUUAAUACACUGGUUUAUUAUAUUCAGUAUUCUAUCCCCUUUUCCUGGCUUCCAGGUUUCAUAUUUAUUUAUUAUGUUUCGUGUUUUGGUUCUUAGUUCUUAGGGAAUCAGGAAGUUGUGGAAUCUCUUUUUAAUAUUAUCUCACAGGCAAAGAAAAAAAUUCAGAGUAUGUUUAUAACUUUUGUUUUAACAGCACAUGUAUUUAAAUCAUUACUAUAGUAAAGUUGGUUAUUUAAGAAUGUAAAAACUAGUUGUUUGAUGACAAAUUGCAUUUAUUAAAAAUAUUUCCUUGUAGCCAUGUAGAAUCAUGACUUGGAAGGACUCAGGAAGACUGAUCCAGUGCUUUCAGACAGGGCUGUUUUGCUGUUCAAUUACAUACAAUAAUAAACAAUUAUUCUUACAAUAUAAGCUUACCUCAGUCACGUCUUUAUAUAUGAAAUUUUUCCAGUUCUCUCAUUUUGGAACAUUCAAAAUUUUCAGUUCCUUUUGCCAUUUUGUUUUUCGUUUGUUCAUGGAAAACGUAAUUAUAGAGAAAACACAACAACUUGUAUAUUUAAAAAAUAGAUUCUUUCAUAUUCAGAAUUUUGCAUUUUACAUUUACAUAAGCUAACGUCAUACCACAGAAUUCCCAAAUUGCAUUUGUGCAGAUUAAGCUAAGGGCUCAAUGUCACUAACUGAUUUUCGGUGAUAUAGAGAGCUGCUGCUGGGCUACAAGAAUGCCAGUUUAAUCCUGUAACCAGCUAUUAUGUUUUUGAACUAAAUUGAGUGAACUGGUAAUCAACUCAGGAACCCUUCCGCAGCAGAAAUCUGCAUGAGUAGCACAGAAGUGAAAUCUGUAUAUCUUUGUUUUUCCUGCCCUUUAAAUGGUCUGCUCCUUUUUAGACAGCAACAGGUUUGAAGGAAAAUCUAAUAUUCCUGAGGCAUUAGGACAAACGAAUUUAAGCCUUUAAAUUUGGGGCUUAAUUCUGUUAAAGAAAAUAUAGGUGAAAAUGAAAGGCUGAAGAAUUUUUUUUUGUACAGGUAAAAACAUAACAAUUCAGUCUUUUUCUAAGUUUCCAGGAACCUUAACUUAUGUAUCUGUUUUACAGCUGUGUUUUGAUUUUUCCAAAUGUCUGGUCAUUUAGCAAAGCUAGUAUCUACUGUUUACAUAGAAAGCUUUAUUAGGUGUGGUGUACUUAAAUAUUUUUAAUGUAUUUUACAUUAUGGUCAAUCCAGCCAAUCCUGCAUAUAUAGAAUUUGGUUUUUUUUUCCCAAAGAAAUGAGUUGUUCUGUUAUUUUAUUGGUUUAGUACAUUAGAAUAAACUGUAUCAUAGCUACA